AUGGGCAAAAAACCUCUUAAAGUAAUGAUGAAUCUUCCUAGGCAUAAGAUACCUUCGCCUAAAAGGAAGUGUGAAAAAAUGCCAGAAGACGAGCAAAUUCGAUUUCAUAUAAAUCUUGAAGAAAUCAUGCAAGUUCCACCCACAAAAGAAAUAGAUCUUCAAACAAAAUAUACAAGCAAAUUACUGAAUUCUUUAAUAACAGGUGCUUAUACAUCAAAACUAAAAUAUACUGUUUCUGAAUAUAUCACAAAAGAAACCUCAUUUAACAUCAUGGAUGGAAAAGAAACUUCAUUUAACAUCAUGGAUGAAAAUGAAGCUUCAUUUAACAUCAUGGAUGAAAAUGAAGCUUCAUUUAACAUCAUGGAUAACAAAGAAGCUUCAUUUAACACCAUGGAUAAAAAGGAAACUUCAUUUAAUCAUGGAUGA